UUAUCCUACAUGUACUUGUGUUUUCAUGUAACUGAUGCAUUUGUUGUUGCUUUAAACAUGUCAGAAUGACAUGUAGCAGCAGUAAAGAAAAAUUCAAUUUAAAUGCUAAUUGCUGUUGCUGUUUUAUACUUUAGUGCUGCUAUAAAUUGUAUAUUUGGGAGUCCAGCAAUAUCAUCAUUUUCUUUUGAUUUGAUUGUGCACUUAUUGUUCUUUUGUGUUAUGAUAAUAAUACUGGUGCACUGGUGUUAUAUCUGUUGUGCAGAGUGGGCCUUAAUUUUAGCAAUGAUAAUGUUCUGUUUAUGAAAGCUAAUUGUUUGUUUACAUAGCAGUUUUUACUCUUUUUUUAACAUGUACAAAAGAGUAACUUUGUUUUGAGUGCAGGUUAUUAUUAGUGGUGGAGGUGGCACUGUGUAAUGUGGAAUUUUGUUUGUAGCAUCUUACAAUUUUGUUUUGGAUCCCACAGAACCAGCUGACAUCACUGUGGUUGUAUGAACUGUGUCUAGGUGCAUUUUUCCCUCUUAUCUCGCCUACUGCUUUUCCUUAAUACUUGUGUUUAUAUAUACUAAGAAACAGACCAAACAACACUGCACCUUAGUGACCUGUUAUCACUAACCUCAGGAGACACCAUGAGCAAUUCAACUGGAGAUGAUUCACAAUCUGGCCAAGAUGAAGAUGAGCGUGAAGGUGAGUUGCUCCGCUUGAAGAUUAAAGCCCAUUUGGAGGAUUUGUUCUCUGACAGUCACCUGGCAGAGGACGGCUUCCUGCUGAAACAUGUGCAGAAGAACAAGCAGGGCUACGUGAGUCUCAAGCUCCUCACUUGUAUGAAAAAGAUAAAGACCCUGACCACAAACUGGCACAUGACUCUAGCAGCAGCACUGUUCUCAGACCUUCUGGAAGUCAAUGACGAGUGCACCAGAGUGAGGCGGAUAGAGCCGCUUCCCAGAUGGCUGCUGUGUUCCCCCACCAGCAAGCUCCUCCUCGCCUGGAACAUUUCUGAGGAGCAAACCAGGGAGGACGGAGCAGCCCGAGGCCUGGAGCAAUUUUCGCUUUCGGAGGGAAUCUUCCAAAAGUUCAACGUUCAUGGUGGUGUCACUUCAGUCCAGAUCCUGCAACCUGGCAAAGAGCUCCCUAAGGAGCUGCAGUGCUAUGCCAAACGUCACAAAGAGCUUGGCCAACAUUUGUGUGCAGUGGUUAAGUUUGAUAGUUUAGAGGUGGUUCGUAAGGCCUACAAUGCUCUGAAAGCAGAAAAGGAGAAGUCCAAUGGGAAGGGCAUGUGCGUGGUGCCUUUGGGAUUCCAGUCAAUGCAUCACAUCACCAAGGACAAAUCACCAGAAGAGAAAAAGGAGAACCAACCUGAAGACACAGUGUCACAGGAAAAUCCACUUGAAACCUCAGAAGGUUCAGUCCAGGAGGAACCCUCUUCACCAGUAAAGGUGUUUGACAAGACUCCAGACACAUGUCAGCCCCAGAAUGCUUUGAACAGCUCCAUCCAAAGAACCUUUGAGCAGAUCUCCACCAGCUCUAACGGCCAGUCCUUCUCUGGUCUGAAUCAGAGGUACAGUAGAAUGAGCUGGUGCUCUGGAGACUGUGAUAAAGAGUGUUCUCAGAGCCCCUGGGUGAUGAGGCGGAAAUUUGCAGCCAGUGUAUUAAACCAAAAAGCACCUGGACCCUCGAACGUGCCACGCUUGAUGCAAAGAGUGCUGCGUCAGCCCUACGGCCCUGAUGGCACCAAGGGUUUUCAGGGCAGAGGGAAGCCGCUGCGGCAGAUCAAAGAAAGAUGAGAUCAAACUCCCUCCUGGACGGAGUAAGACCACCUGUGCUGAAUAACAGUGGCAGGUUUGUGGAGCAACAACAUAUAACAGAAGAAGCAAAUUAAAUAUUUAUCGUCUUAAACAACAGAAGCUAUUGAAGCUUUCGUAUCUCUGUUGGUGAGAGGUAUGUUUAUUCUAGAUGACAUGUAGUUGUAAACCACUGGCAGAUGGGGGCAGCAUUUAGCUGUGUUCCCAAAUGUGUUAUUCUAAACACAUUUUUCUACUUCUACGCUAUAGUUGUGUAAGAAGUAAGUGUGCUACAAUGCAAGUAAAUAGACUGCAAUACAUAUCAGCUGAAGGUACAAACUGUAACACAAACUGAGGUAGGGGUAUAAGUCUUACUGAAUCUACACAUGCGUCCUUUGAAACACGA